UCCAUCGAGGAGGCUAAAGGCUGCAGGGUUCAUUCAAGGAUUUCAGACAGAAGGAUGUCCUCAUCAGUGCAGCUCUUCCGAGAUCAGAGGUACCACGAGCUGAAGGGGCAGUGCCUCCAGCAGGGGAUCCUCUUUGAGGACCCUGAGUUUCCAGCCUCGGAUGAAUCCCUGUACUACGACUCAACAGCAGCAGGGAAUGUGGAAUGGAAGCGGCCAAAGGACCUCUGUGAAGAUCCCCACCUGCUUGUGGAUGGAAUGAGCUCCCACGACUUCCACCAGGGCAAGCUGGGGAACUGCUGGUUUGUGGCUGCAUGCUCCUGCCUGGCUUUGAGGAAAAGCCUCUGGCAGCAGGUGAUUCCAGACUACAGUGAGCAGGAGUGGGACCCCAAAAGCCCAAGGAAAUACGCUGGGAUUUUCCGUUUCCGCUUCUGGCGCUUUGGAGAGUGGACGGAGGUCGUGGUGGAUGAUCUGCUGCCCACUGAGAAUGGCAGGCUCAUCUACUGCCAUUCCACCGUGAGGAAUGAAUUCUGGAGUGCUCUGCUGGAGAAAGCUUAUGCUAAGCUGGCUGGAUCCUACCAAGCCCUGGAUGGAGGCUGUGCUGCAGAAGCUCUGGUGGAUUUCACUGGAGCAGUGGCAGAAUCCAUCAAUUUGGAGGAGGGCAAAUAUGGUGAGGUUAUUCCUGAGCAGAUGAAGCUGUUUGAAGACUUGAUGAAAGUGCAUAAAAGAGGAGGGUUCAUCAGCUGCUCCAUUUCGGAGUCCCCAGGGCGGCCCAGCGAGGCAGAGACAGAGAAGGGGCUGAUCGUGGGCCAUGCCUACUCCGUGACUGCCAUCAGGAAGCUGCGCCUCGGGGAGACCAUGGUGCUCUCCUUCAAGGCACAAAAGCUGUUCAUGAUCAGGCUGAGGAACCCCUGGGGCAAGAAAGAGUGGCACGGUGCUUGGAGUGACAGUUCUGAAGAGUGGAAGAAAGUCAGUGAUUCUGAGCGCAAGAAUUUGGGGCUUACUGUUGAGAAUGAUGGAGAGUUCUGGAUGACGUUUGAGGACUGGUGUAAGAAUUUCACAGAUGUGGACAUCUGCAGGACUGUGAACACCUCCUGCUUCAGCUUCCACAAGACCUGGGAGAAGGAAAUGAUGUAUGGGGCUUGGGCAAAGCAUCCAGAGCCCCUGCUGAACCGAUCUGGGGGCUGCUUUGAUAACAGAGAGACCUUCCUGCAGAACCCCCAGUACCUCUUUGAUGUUAAGAAGGCCCAGGACAAAGUGCUGGUGUCCUUACAGCAGGAGGAUCGCCGCAAGUACAAGAAAGAAGGCAAAGGAGACAACAUCACCAUUGGCUUUGAAAUCCUCAAGGUAGAGGACAACAGGAGGUACAGGCUGCACAAGCUGACGGUGCAGGAGAGAGUGGCCACGUCUCCCUACUCCAACACUCGCAGCGUGUUCCUGAGGAGGACCCUGCAACAAGGCCGCUACAUCCUGGUCCCCACCACCUACGUCCCAGGUGUCCCCACAAAAUUCAUCCUCAGGCUCUACACAGAUGUGCCCUCAAAACUCAGGGAGCUGAAGGAAGAUAGGCCUAAAAUGACGUGUUGGAGUCUUCUUUGUGGCUACCCACGCAGAGUCACCCAAAUCAAAGUCCACUCUGCAGAGGGUUUGCAGAAACAAGACAGAUCAGGAGGGGCAGAUCCCUACGUGCUCAUCAAGUGUGAGAACCAGAGCCGGCGCUCCCCGGUGCAGCACGACACCACCAGCCCCGUGUUCAACACCCAGGUGAUCUUCUACAGGAAGGACAUCGACAGUCCUGUCACCAUCCAGGUGUGGAACAGCAACCUCCUGAGGGACCAGCUCCUGGGGCAGGCGGUGCUGGCAGCGUCCCCCGGCGAGCCCCGCCCGCAGCAGCGGCUGAAGCUGCGGGGCAGGGGCGGCGGGGGAGCGGCCGAGGUGCCGGGGCACAUCAGCGUCACCGUGCUGUGCAGCGAUGACCUCGGCGAGCUCUGA